UUCAUGCCUUAGCAUCAAAACUCAGGCCAUGGAAAUAACGUUAAAGGAUUUUCCUGUGAAGUUUGUGAAUAUUCCAUGGAGGAAUAAUAACCUCAGUAGUCUGAAUGCAGACCCCCCUCUGUCCGAAAACGGAGAAACUCUCAUUGGAGUCUAUCUGUUGGUGUUGGGAUGGCUUUCCUGGUUUGGAAACAGUUUAGUGAUGUUUGUCCUGUACAGACAGCGAGCCUCGCUCCAGUCAACAGAUUUCCUCACGUUAAAUCUUGCCAUCUCUGAUGCGAGCAUCUCCAUAUUUGGCUACUCCAGAGGGAUCCUGGAAAUUUUCAAUAUCUUUAACCCUUGCAACACAAGGGUUAAAGAUGAUGGAUAUGUAAUCACCUGGAUCUGGACCUGCCAGGUAGAUGGUUUCUUCACUUUGCUCUUCGGCCUUGCGAGUAUCAACACAUUGACCGUCAUCAGCAUCACCAGAUACAUCAAGGGAUGUCACCAAAACAAAGCGUACUGUAUCAGCCAUAACACCAUUGCCGUAUCGCUCAUCUGCAUUUGGACCGGAGCGAUGUUUUGGUCCGUCGCUCCUCUGCUGGGCUGGGGCAGCUUCACCGAUCGAGGUUAUGACACCUGUGAGGUGGACUGGUCCAAAGCCAAUUACUCCACCAUCCACAAGUCCUACAUAAUCUCCAUCCUCAUCUUCUGCUUUUUCAUCCCUGUGAUGAUCAUGCUCUUCUCCUACGUCUCCAUUAUCAACACAGUGAAAAGCACUCACGCCAUGUCAGCUGACGGUUUCCUCACCGCCCGUCAAAGGAAGGUGGAGAGAGAUGUCACAAGGAUUUCCAUUGUAAUCUGCACAGCUUUCAUCAUGGCCUGGUCCCCAUAUGCAGUGGUGUCUAUGUGGUCCGCCUGGGGCUUCCAUGUGCCCAGCACGACCAGCAUCAUCACCCGACUCUUCGCCAAGUCUGCCAGCUUCUACAACCCUCUCAUCUACUUCGGCAUGAGCUCCACGUUUCGGAAGGACAUCUCUGUGCUGCUGCCGUGCACACGAGAGCGCAGGGAAGUGGUGUAUCUGCAACACUUUAAAAACAUCAAGCUCAAGGCCGAUGCCCCGCCCACACCCGGAUCAUUUCCCAUCCAGAAGCUGGAGGCGAAAUACCCCGCAUCCAAUCCUGGCAGCGACUCAGGGGUAAACAGCCCUCCUCGGACUCCUCCAACUGACCCACAGGGGGUCAUCCACGCUGACCUGCCCUCACACAUUGAAACAUCACAGUACUGGUGUGACAGGUUAUGAGGACCAAUGCGUGAAUUACACGAGGAGGUUGAGAAUAUUUUUUGUAAUUUUUGGUCUUACCCGUGUUAAUAAACUGUGUGUAACCAAU